UGAUGACAACAACAUAGCAAAAGGAAUAAAAAAAGAAGGAGCGCUUCUGAAGAUUAAAGGACAUAGUAGCGGAGCAAACGAAGGAAGAGAAGGGGAAGAGGGAAGAUGAAGGCGUUAGGGUAUUGGCUAAUGGUGGUUGGUUCACUGAGAUUAGCUUCCGUCUGGUUUGGUUUCUUCAACAUUUGGGCUCUUCGUCUCGCCGUCUUCUCUCAGACCACCAUGAGUGAAGUUCAUGGACGUACAUUCGGAGUAUGGACACUGUUGACCUGCACUCUCUGCUUUCUUUGUGCAUUCAACCCCGACAACAAACCGCUAUACUUAGCUACCUUUCUCUCAUUCAUCUACGCCUUGGGCCAUUUUCUGACUGAAUACCUCUUCUACCAUACAAUGACCAUCGCAAACCUCUCGACCGUAGCCUUCUUUGCAGGCACAUCGAUUGUGUGGAUGCUCUGGGAAUGGAACUCCCUUGAACAACCGCACUCCAAACUUUCUUGAUCUUCUUUUUAAGCUGCUGAUUCAUAUUUCAUCUAUAAUCUUUGAAGGAGUAUUGAUUUGUGGUCAAAGUUUUGAACUAUGAGAAUACAAUGAAAAAAAAUCAUGGAUCUAUCUUAUUAAAGCUGAAGUACAAUUUCGGUGUGUUUGGAUACUUGGAUAAGAGUAUUAAAAAAAUUUGGUGUGUUUGGUUACUUGGAUAGCAUUUAUAAAGAAUAAGUUUGUUUGGAAACUUGAA